AUGAUGUUCGAUAUAGCCAGCGAAUGCAGUGGAAGCGGCAGCUCAAGAACCGAAUCAGAAAGGAGGUCUGAGCUUUCCAGCGACUGCGAGGAUCUCGUGGAUCUGGCCGCCAAGAGGCAGCGGUGGAUCUCCCUGCUGCAUGAGGGAAGCCAAGUUAGACAUCAGCGCUGUGGUGGCCAAGUUGUACAAGCCAGCGUGGUGGAAAUUUCCCGUCAAAACGACAGCUGCGUGCUGGAGUACCAG